AUGGAGAAUCCAAACCAUCAAAUUCCAAAUACCAUGGGCGAAUGGUCAGUACCUCAGAAAAUGGAGAAUCAAAACCAUCAAAAUCUAAAUACCAUGGGCGAAUGGUCAGUUCUUCAGAAAAUAAUGAAUCAAAACCAUCAAAAUCCAAAUACCAUGGGCGAAUGGUCAGAUAAAGCCAUGGAAAGAAAACUACAUUUGGAAAGGGUAAAGAGAGCUGUGGAGAAUAAUUAUAAUUUUACUGAAAACGUGAAACGAAACAUGACUAUAUAUACUGUUUUCUACUCCAUUACAUUUAUACUUGGAGUAGUUUUUGUUUAUGUAAAUGCACAUUUUUCAAUAGAACUGACUGUUCCAAGAAUUGUAAGGAAUUCCAUAGCUGGGACUGGUACUUUUGCUAGUCUUGUGACAAGUAUGAAAACUAUUUCGGAAACUUUAAGUUCAGCUCGUACAAAGGAAAUUACUAUCUCGGAAAUUGAUUUAAAUAUAGCUAACCUCGCUACAGAAUAUGGUCCUGAUGUUAAAAACUUGAAAGUGUUGAAAGAACUUAUCCAAUCUCGGAAUAAUAAAUUAGAAAAAUUGACGUUUCGUCGUUCUUUGUGGGCAUUUUUUUGUUCUAUUAUUUUAAUUGUAGUUAUUAUUCUGGACUUUAAUUUUAAUGACCUUGUUACAUCGUUUAUUUUGGAUGGAAUUCUUUGUUUUGUUGGGUUUUUUGGUAACCCUGACCAGCACCUUGAACCUCACAGUUGGUUUAAAAGGAAGCGUAACGCAUUACUAGAUGUUAUGCUUUUCAUUUGUCUGUAUUUGUUGGGUUUAGUUUCACCGGAUAGUGGUACAGAGAAACCAUCAGAGCAAAAAUAUUUGUUGGAGGAUAUAAAAUAUAAACAGUAUGUCAUUUCUCGUGUCACUUUUCAACAGAGAAAUCGUAAAGGUCAUGUGAUUAAUGGUGAAAGUGAGAAAGAGAAAGUAGAACAAAUUUUACAUGGUUUAGGAAACGAGAUUGUUUAA